AUGUUGUUGGAUCCUCUCCCUGAUGUGACCACUGUGUUGUCCAUGUUGACACAGCAGGAACGACAAUUUCAGAAUUCAGAUGCCGCUUCGAACAUCAAAAUUACGUAUGCUACCAUUCCCUCGAGCACUGCAGGAUCAUUUCAAGGCAGAGGGAGAGGGAGGGGCAGAGGUGGACGAUCCCAAGGUGGUAGAAGUCAGGGAGAGAAAGGCAGACCACAAUGCUCCUAUUGCGGAAAGCUCGGCCACAGUGUUGACGUAUGUUAUAAGAAACACGGAUUGCCACCACAUUUAAGAGGUGAAAAUGCUGCAGAUGAAAAUGAAAGCUUUGCAGCAGCAAUGAACACUGAGAGUGAAUCAAGAAAACUCAGUGAGCAUGACAAUUCAUCGCGUUCCUCCCAUUUAGAGAGAGUUGGAAGUGACACACUGGAGUUCACCCUUGAGCAAAAGCAGCCAUUGCUCACUCUUCUCAACAAGAUUAAUGGAGAGCAUCCUCAUAGCAUCAACGUGACAGCAUCAAAGGUUUCACCUGAGUUACCUCAUCAAGAAAUAGCUCCUGUGAUAAUUAAAUUGCCCAAUGGGACUUGGACUACAAGUAGAAUCAUGGGAACUAUUGUUUUGUCAAACAAAUUGUUACUGCACAAUGCCCUUUACAUCCCAUCUUUCAAUUUCAAGCUCAUUUAUGUUUCAAAACUCACCUCUGCAUUGCAUUGCCAAAUGAAUUUUACUGACACAAGGUGUGAGAUACAGGAUCGGAGCUCGAUGAGAAUGAUUGGAGCAGCUAGAGAAAAUGGUGGUCUCUACAUAUUAAAUAAAGAGGCUUUAAAACUCCCCAAGCCAAGUACACAAGUAUGCUCGGUUGUAAGCAAUAAUCACAGGAAAGAUCGCUGCAUUUGGCAUUACAGGAUUUCUUCUACUUUUCUCAAGGACAAGUCUCCUUUUCAAAUUUUGCAUCAAUCUCUCCCUGAUCUAAUGACCCUAAAGGUCUUUGGUUGCUUGGCCUAUGCCAGCACCAUCAAUGCUUACAGAAAUGUGAAAUUUUACGAAAAUCAUUUUCCUUUUGCACAAGAUAAAAACAAUCAUGCAUCAACAUUAGAAUUAGAAAUAAAUAAAACCAUUGCACCACCUGCACUAAUACCUGAAACAUUGGAAUUGGACCAUGGCCCUUCUUCAUACGAGCACGCGAGUGACUCGUCGAGAGUCACUGAAGGUGACUCAACAAGUCAAAGGGAAAAUAUCCAAGAACUAGCCAGGAAAAACUCACAACUAACAUACUCUGAACAUAAUGUACAAAGAAAAUCCACAAGGGAGAGAAAGCCACCAGCUUAUCUAAAGGAUUUUGUUUGUAUGAGCACCACCAUUGACAAAGCUAAUCCAAAUCAAACCAUCAACGAUAAAGUCAGGUAUCCAAUGUCAACCUUUGUGUCUUAUGAAUCUCUUUCUGCAUUACAUAAAUCAUAUUCUCUUGCACUAACCAAUGAUAUCGAGUCGAAGUAUUAUGAGGAGGCAGUGUUACAACCCUGUUGGCAAGAUGCGAUCAAUGCUGAGCUUAAGGCUCUAAAAAUGAACAAAACGUAG